GGGCCGGCGGCGGGGCCGGGCAGGGCCGCACAUUCCGGGCAGGCGCACUGCGCGGCGGCGGAGCCCGGUCGGAGCCAUGGAGGCGGAGGGGCCGCAGCCGGGGCCGGUGGCGGCGGGGCCGGAGCCGGGGGCCGAGGAGAUCGACAUGUCCCUGGAUGACAUCAUAAAACGCCACCGAAAAGAGCAGACAGACGCCAGCGCCGGGGGGGACGGGCGAAGGCCGCAGGUCAAGCCCAGGAACUCGGUGUACGGGUACGGGCGGCCCCGCUUCCGUGCCUGGAUGCAGAGGAAUUUGCAAGGACCUGCCCGGUUUAGAAGAGGGUUUGGACAACAACAGUUCAACCGGAGACAAUUCAGGAAUGCUGUGCCUGGUCCCAGGAGAAGAGCAGCUGCUGCAUUGAAUGGAGUGAGCCCUUUAAAUCGCCAGGCAUCGGCUCCAGAGGGCAACACGAACAAUGACGCUUUCUCCAAGAGCAGCAGCAGCAGCGUCGUGCAGGCAGAGGGACGGCGACGGCCACCGCCAGGCCCCAGGAGGUUCAGAGCAGCCGCUGCCAGCGCCCAGGCCGCAGGGAGAAGACCUUUCCGGCUGAACAGGGCACCAGCCUUCCAGCAGAAGCGGAUGCAGCAGCAGUUUCUCAAAGCCAGAUUUCAGAGAGGGCAGAUGGAUGCUGAUGGCAACAGGAAACCACCGCGGAUGAGAAGGUGGCAAGUGAAACCCAGCCCUGGAGCGGUUCUGACGGUGUCUGUGGCCAAUCCUCAGGCAGGCCAGGCUGGCCCGCCCGGACCCAAGCGCCCGUUCCUGCGCAGCCGGAGGCCGCCGCCGCGCGCAGCCAAGCCCCAGCCCAAGGGGGUGCUGCUGAGGUUCAACUUCCGCGCCAUGGCCAACCAGGUAGAGGAUGGUGGACGGCACAGGCAGCACCCCGCACCCUGCAGCAGCCCUGCCACUAACCCGGUCACGCCACGCUCAGACCAGCCUGACGCUGGAUGAGAGGUUCUCUGGUCUGAGGAAUAAGAGGCGCUUUACAGCAGCCAGGAGCGCCGGCCGGACAGUCACCAUGCCCUAGCACCGCUCCUCAGGGACUGCCCUCACAGUCCAGGCCCCGCAACGGGCAGCUCAAUAAAGCUCAAUAGAUUUAUUUCCUCCAA